AUGACGCAGAUGCAACCCCUCGGCUGGCCAUUCCCCGCGUCGCCCUGGCUGUCCCUCGUGGCCGCCGCCGAACUCGAGCAGCAGCAGCACGCCGACGGCAACAGAGGCCAGCAGAUGCAGGGUGAAGCAGAAGGCAUGAGCCCUGGCACCGGCGGCUGGUUUUCGCAAUCGCUCGACCUCUUGGCCCAGCUCGAAACGGAGCCACCCACGAAACCGCGUAAUACGGGCAUGGUCUACCGCCGCCUGGGCAACUCGGGACUUCACGUCUCGGCGUUGGGCCUCGGCGGCUGGCUCACCUUUGGCGGCCAGAACGGUGACGAGACGACGUUUGAGUGCAUGAAGCAGGCCUACGACUGCGGCAUCAACUUCUUCGACACGGCCGAAAGCUACGCUGGCGGCCAAUCCGAGGUUGUCAUGGGCAAGGCUUUCAAGAAGUUUGGCUGGAACCGUAACGACAUUGUCGUGACGACCAAGCUCAACUGGGGCGGCGCCAACGGUGAGGUGCUCGUCAACAACCACGGCCUCAGCCGCAAGCACAUUAUCGAGGGCCUGCGCGCGUCUCUGAAGCGCCUCGACCUCGAGUACGUCGACGUUGUCUACGCCCACAGGCCCGAUCGCCUGACGCCCAUGGAGGAGACGGCCGAGCUCGCCCUCGCCUGGUGCCUCAAGAACCCCAACGUCUCCUCCGUCAUCACGGGCGCCUCCCGGCCAGAGCAGGUCGUUGCCAACUGCAAGGCUCUGCAGUCCCUGGACAAGUUGACGCCCGAUGUCAUGGCCGAGAUUGAUGAGGCUUUCGGCAAGAUUGAGCUGGACCCUGCGCGACAGGACUAA